AUGUCCAAGUCAUCCAAGGGGAGAUCGGACGAGGCCCUCACGCAAUUCGUUGGUCUGACAGGCGCGUCGACCAAGGAUGCGAAGAAGUUCCUUGACAAGUACAAGCGGCUAGAUCUCGCUGUUGACGCCUUCUUCGACGAUCCCAACGCGAUGGCCUCUGUGCGGCGCCAGCCUGACACCCCGGCUCCAUCGACAAGCAAGCUCAACACGCUCUUUGACAAGUACAAAGAUCCGGAGGGAUCGGAUAUCACGAUCAAUGGGACGAUUCAAAUGUGCGAGGACCUUGAGGUCGACCCUGAGGACGUUGUGCUACUGGCCAUCGCAUACGAGCUCAAGUCACCCAGGAUGGGUGAGUGGAACAAGAAAGGCUGGGUUGAGGGUUGGAAGAGGAUCGGAUGUGACAACGUAGUGGAUAUGAAGAUAGCACUGACACGGUUGCGUAACCAGCUGGGGAGCGAGUACAAGUACUUCCAGAAGGUUUACGGUCACACUUUUGACUUUGCGCGAUCAGAGGGAGCACGCAGCUUAGGCCUUGAGACGGCUCAGGCAUAUUGGAGUCUACUACUUCCGUACGGGCUUGAGCAAGGUGCCUUGUCCCACGUAGCCGCUCCCCGCGACGAUGACGAUGAUGACGAUGACGACGAAGAUGUCGAAAUGGAUACGUCAGAAGAAGGAUGGAAAUCUGAGUACACGGACUGGUGGUUCGAAUUCUUGAACGAAAAGGGUGGCAAGGGUGUGAGCAAGGACACAUGGUCAAUGUUCUUGGACUUCGUGCGGACGGCUGACGCAAAAUUCGAGAAGUAUGAUCCCGAAGCUGCAUGGCCGUCGACGAUUGACGACUUCGUGGACUGGGCUAAGAUUCGCUUGCAAUCAUAG